UGCCAGGUCAGGGGUCCGGAGCGGAUCGGCCUCGCGGGCCCGGGCCGGCGCGGCCGGGCUUGUGUGAUGGCCUCGGAGCGCCCGGAGCCGGAGGUGGAAGAAGCCGGGCAGGUGUUCCUGUUGAUGAAAAAGGAUUAUCGAAUCUCCCGAAAUGUCCGCCUGGCUUGGUUCCUCAAUCACCUGCAUCAGACCGUGCAGGCCACCCCUCAGGAGUCGCUGCUUCAGUCCGAACAAGAGCUGGAAGUCCUCAGUGUGCUGCCUCCUGGGUGGCAGCCAGAUGAAGCCUUAGUCCCAAGGCCAUUCCUCCUCGUGCCUUCCACCCGGGUCACCUUCCUGGCUUGGCAGUAUCGAUUUGUCAUUGAGCUGGACCUCAGCCCAUCGACAGGCAUUGUGGAUGAUUCGACGGGGGAGAUUCUGUUCGAUGAAGUCUUCCAUGCCCUAUCCCGCUGCCUCUGCGGCCUGCUGCAGCCCUUCCGCGUACCUGGAUCUCUCAUCGACUUCCAGCCUGAGAUCUAUGUGACCAUCCAGGCUUACUCCUCCAUCAUUGGCCUGCAGUCCCACCAGGUGCUGGUGCAGGGCUGCCUGUUGGACCCUUCCCAGCGGGAGGUGUUCCUGCAGCAGGUGUAUGAGCAGCUGUGCCUCUUCGAGGAUAAGGUGGCCACCAUGCUACAGCAGCAGUAUGACCCCCAGAGCCAGGCGGAAGACCGAUCCCCAGACUCGGGGGAACCCCUGGGUCGGAAGGUGGGAGUCUCCAUGGUGACCGCUGAUCUUGGCCUGGUCAGUAUGAUUCGUCAGGGCAUUUUGGCACUGCAGCUGCUGCCCUCAAACUCCAGUGCAGGUAUCAUUGUCAUCACGGACGGGGUGACCAGUGUCCCGGAUGUCGCCGUCUGUGAGACGCUGCUGAACCAGCUGCGCAGUGGCACUGUGGCUUGCUCCUUUGUGCAGGUUGGCGGAGUUUAUUCUUAUGACUGUAGUUUCGGCCACGUGCCCAACGUAGAACUGAUGAAGUUCAUCGCCAUGGCAACGUUUGGCUCCUACCUGUCUACGUGCCCCGAGCCUGAGCCAGGCAGCCUGGGUCUGACCGUGUACCACCGGGCAUUCCUCCUCUAUUCCUUCCUGCGCAGUGGAGAAGCACUGAACCCUGAAUAUUACUGCGGCUCUCAGCACCGCCUGUUUAAUGAGCACCUGGUCUCUGCAAGCAGCAAUCCUGCAUUAGCCCUGCGCCGGAAGAAGCACACUGAGAAGGAGGUGCCCGCUGACCUGGUCAGCACUGUGUCCGUACGGCUCCGAGAGGGCUACAGCGUCCGAGAGGUGACACUGGCCAAAGGGGGCUCCCAGCUGGAGGUGAAGCUGGUGCUGCUGUGGAAACACAACAUGCGCAUCGAGUAUGUGGCCAUGGCACCCUGGCCCCUGGAGCCCGAGGGUCCUCGAGGAACACGGGUGGAAGUGACCAUGGAAGGUGGCUAUGACAUUCUGCAUGACGUUUCCUGUGCACUGAGGCAGCCCAUUCGCUCACUCUAUCGGACCCAUGUGAUUCGCCGUUUCUGGAACACCCUGCAAAGCAUUAACCAGACGGACCAGAUGCUAGCCCACCUGCAGUCCUUCUCCUCCGUGCCAGAGCACUUCACGCUUCCCGACAGCACCAAGAGUGGAGUACCACUCUUCUACAUCCCUCCUGGCUCCACCACCCCGGUGCUCUCCCUACAGCACAGUGGUUCCGACUCAUCCCAUGCCCAGUUUGCAGCCUACUGGAAGCCAGUGCUGUCCAUGGAUGCCAACUCAUGGCAGCGCUGGCUACACAUGCAUCGCCUGGUGCUAAUCCUAGAGCAUGACACACCCAUCCCCAAGCACUUGCACACGCCGGGCAGCAAUGGACGCUACAGCACCAUCCAGUGCAGGAUCUCCCACUCCUCGCUCACCUCUCUGCUCCGAGAUUGGAGCAGCUUUGUGCUGGUUGAGGGCUACUCGUACGUCAAGCUGCUCUCCAGUGCCCCAGACCAGCCCCCAUCCUCCUUCUACAUGGUCCGCAUCAUUUCCAAGGCCCCCUGCAUGGUUCUUCGCCUGGGUUUUCCCAUUGGCACGCCAGCACAGGCCCGGCAUAAGAUUGUGUCAGGCUUACGGGAAGAGAUCCUACGCUUACGUUUCCCCCACCGGGUGCAAAGCAAGGAGCCGACACCAAAGGUGAAACGGAAAGGGCUAGGGGGCAUCAGUGGGGGCAGCUCGCCCUCCAAGUCGCCGCCCAUGCUGGGGCCACAGCAGGCCCUGUCCGACCGGCCCUGUCUUGUGGUCCUGCAUAAGCCUCUGGACAAACUUCUCAUCAGGUAUGAGAAGCUACCCCUGGACUACCGGGCGCCCUUCUUGCUGACACUGGAGCCACCAGGGCCAUUGCCCCUGGUGUCAGGCCGCUCAGCCUCCUCUAGUCUGGCAUCACUGUCCCGUUACCUCUACCAUCAGCGCUGGCUCUGGAGUGUUCCAUCGGGUCUGGCCCCUGCCCUGCCACUCAGCGCUAUCGCCCAGCUCCUGUCCAUCCUCACUGAAGUCCGCCUCUCUGAAGGAUUCCAUUUUGCCUGCAGCGGGGAAGGAAUUAUCAACAUGGUGCUAGAGCUUCCAAUUCAGAACGAACCCCCCGGACAGGCUGCGGCUAAGGAGAAGCACACGUGCGUGGUCCAGUAUGUCCUCUUUCCGCCACAUUCCACAUCCACCAAGGACAGCUUCUCCACAGAUGAUGACAAUGAUGUGGAGGUGGAAGCCCUGGAGGGAGACUCAGAGCUCAACCUGGUCACCGAGGUGUGGGUGGAGCCACAACAUGGGCGCGUGGGGCCUGGCCCUGAAAGCUGGAGGCACCUGCAGGACCUGAUGUACUCUGAGAUCCCCCAAGCUCUCCACCCGCGGGAUGCUGCUUGCAUCAGCUCCAUGCUGAGUUUUGAAUACCUGAUCCAGCUGUGCCAGAGCAAGAAAUGGGUUCCUUUGCCCCCAGAGCCAAGGGUCUCUGAUGUGUUGACUCAGGGAGCAGGCACCUGCGUCCAUGAGAUUCCUUUUCAUUUUGACCUGAUGGGCUUGCUGCCACAGUGCCAGCAGAUCCAGAUGUCCUUCCUGCUGCUUUUCAGAGAGCCAGAGGGUGUCUCUCUCGCCGAGGGGCCCUGUCCUGCCAACGACAUGGUGCUGUGCCUGCUGCACAGUUGCCUGGAGCAGGAGCUGAGCGACCGGGAGAUCCCGCUGAGCCUCUUGGACCAGGCUGCUUUCCUGAAUGAGGUGCUGCGGCGGACCAGCCGUGGGCCAGGUGCAGAGGGACCACCAGCUGGAGACCAUGGAAUUCCAAAGGACCAAGCUGUGGGCAGCACCCAGGCCUGUGGAGACUCGGCCCCUCCCACUCUGAGUGUGGGUGUCCCCCCUGAUACCCUUAGGCCUCUCGCCUCUGCGCAGCCUCCCCAGUGGCGCUGCUAUGCAAGGCUCGUGACCCCCCAGCAUGUGUUUUUGACCUUUCUCCCAGCCACCUUCUCAGAUGUCCAGCAUUUGGCUGCCUAUGGCCUGGAGGGUCCCUCCCAAGAGGAGAUGAAACCUAAGCUUGGGGACUGGAAUGGGGCCUCCAGCCCGAAAGAUCUGGGAGGCAGUGGAGCCAAAGCUACAAAGCCCCAGGUCCCCAUUCUUAGCGUAACCCUCGCCAGUGACAGCACUCAGGAUUCAGGAGAACCAAACCCAUCCUUGCGUCAGGACUCACAGGCUUGCCCUGGGCAUCAGGCUUCCCAGGUGGAAGGUGCCGACGGGCCCCGCACCCGCUGUCCUGUCUACAUCUACAACUGCUCGCUGGAAGCAUUAAGGGAGCGAAUGGUCGGGCUGCAGCCCCCUCCUGCUCCACGAGAUCUCGUCUUCCGAACUCAGUUCCUGGACCACCCGUCCCUGUCCUCUGCCUGGAUGGAGCCCAGGAACAAGGAGGCAGCCACACACUGUGCCUUGCUUCAGGAACACGCACAGCGAUGCUACGUCCGUGGACUGUUCCGGAGCCUGCAGCAAGCACAGAGCGUGACCUCUCAGGAUUUGCUGACAGCAGUAGACGCCUGUGAGGAGCUCCUCCAAGAAGUGGACAUCACACCUUUCCUGCUAGCUCUGUGUGGCCACACUUGGGGUCUGCCUCACGCCCCACCAAGCCCGGCUCCUCUCAGCCCGGGGCCCUUCAGCAGCAGCAUCGAGGAGGGCCCCGAGCCUCGGGAACGAGCUAUGCUGGCCUCUGAGUCCAGCAUAGAGACUGAGGACCUAAGUGAGCCCGAGUUUCAGGGUGCCCGUGUCCCUGGCAACACAGACCCUGGCCCAGAGAUCUCCCUGACGGACAUCUGCCAUCUUGGAGGACAGGCACACGAUGCCCUGCAUGGCCUCAUCCAGGAGAAAUUCCUGGAGAUCAGCCGCCUCCAUUUCCGCACCGUGCCUUCCAAUCCCCACUACUUCUUCUAUUGUCCUUCGAGCAACAGGCGAGAAGAUGAGGGUCCCCGGGAUGCCAUUGACCGAAAAGUCAGUGACCUGGAGUUUUCAGAGGCUGAGCUUGCAGGCGAAGAAGCGGACACGUCUGCCUGCUGUGUGGUCACUGAGAGCGACCCAGAGCUGGAGGUGGAAUAUCGUGAGAGUCGGGAGCCAGAGCUGGGGCCUGCUGGGCUGGAUUCCGCCUCACUGUCAGACGCCGACACAGUGAACCCUGAUGAAGACUCCUUCAGUAUCCUGGGGGGCGACUCGCCCACUGGCCCUGACAGUCUCGUGCAUGACCUGCCUCCCCUCUUCCUGCACCUCACCUGUUCCGUGCGGCUGCGUGGGCAGCACAGCUCAGUACCUGUGUGCAGCCUGCCCACCUGCCUGGGCCAGGUGCUUUCCUGUCUGGAGGGCCCCCCGAUUGGAGGCCGAGUUCUCCUGAGGGACCUCAGUGUCACUCUGGAUGUCUUUGUGCUGACCUUGCCCUUGGAAGUGGAGCUGCCCCCAGCCUCAGAUCCUCAGCAUCACCGGUCAACAUCUGAGAGCAGUGCUUCAUUCCCACGGUCCCCUGGGCAGCCAUCCUCACUAAGGUCAGAUGAUGGCCUGGGUCCUCCCCUGCCACCUCCAGAGGAAGAGAGGCACCCGGGACUGUCCAGUUUGGCCACACCCCACAGGCUGGCUGUUGAGACCACCAUGAGUGAGAUCCGCUGGCUGUUGGAAGAUGAGAUAGUGGGGGCACUCCGAAGAGGGGGCAUCCCCCAGAGCGCUGCUCUGCACCGCACAGCUGCCCACAUCCACAGCUCUCCUGGGCGCUCUACCUGCCUUCGUCAAACUCUGCCGCUGAGUUUUGUCUUUGGGCCCGAGCGUUCUCUCACACAGUUCAAGGAGGAAUUCCGUCGCCUCCAGCUCCCAAGCCAUGUUCUCCUAGAAGACCCUGACAGUGGCUUCUUCUUUGUGGCAACUGGUCAGCAGCCAGGUGGGUCCCCUGGGGAGCCCCCUUCAGCGGCUUGGGCCUGGCACAGCCAUGAGGACAGAGCCGAAGGUAUCGAAGGAGAGGCCCUGCCAGCCAGCCCCCACAUUCCUGGCUCCCCAGAGGAUCCUGAGGGCACUCCCGUCAGGAGCCCACCUCAGGGAGGAAGUCACCCUGAGCCCAGCCGAGGCCUAAGCCUCAUGUCCAGCCAGGGCAGUGUGGACUCAGACCACCUGGGUUAUGAUGGUGGCAGCAGCGGCUCUGACAGCGAGAGCCCGCAUGAGCCUCUUGGUGAGAAGGCCCCCUUCCCGCUGCGGACUGCCCUGGGACCGGCUCCUCCACAGCCUUCACUCUUAGGCCUCCCUGGGCCCUGCCUGCCUGACUUCUGGCUCCUCGUGCGGGUCCUGCAGGACCGGGUGGACGUGUAUGCACAUGCACGGAGCCUGAAUCGGGAGGACGGGGGCUCGGGCGCUGAGUGUUGCCACCUGCAGCAGCUCCUGGUGAGGCGUGUCGGGGAGAUCUGCAGGGAGGUCAACCAGCGACUGCUGCUUCAGGACCUUCACGACAGCCACGUGUGCAACUCUCUCCUGGUGGCGGAGAGCGAGGAGGAUCUGUGGCGCAGCGAGACGCCCUUCCACUCGCGCCAGCGAGCUCCACUGCCCAGCGACGAUUACGCUGCCGAUGAGAGCUGCGCACCCCGAGGGUACCUGGCAGCCACCAUGCAGUUUGUCCCUGGCCACUUCUCCUGUGACGUUGUGUGGGGAACCGUGAUCAGAGUCCAUUCGCGUCUCAAAAUGGGGCCCAGCAUGGGGGUCUCUCGGGCCAUCCAGGCCUUGCGCUCCGUGCUCAAUGCCUUCUCCGUGGUGAACCGGAAGAACAUGUUUGUUUACCAGGAGCGAGCCACAAAGGCUGUGUACUACCUCCGGCUGCUGGAGACGUCCUGCAGUGACCGGCCAUGGGAGGGGGACGCUCUGCCCCCGUCCCUCGCCCUGUCUCGAAGCCAGGAGCCCAUCUACUCAGAGGAAACCUCGGGUCCGCGUUCUCCCUUGGACGUGGCUUCUGGACGCAGCUCAGAUGCUGCUCGUCCCGUGGGCCAAGUAGACAGACACAUCCAGCUGCUGGUACAUGGUGUCGGGCAAGCUGGUCCUGAGAUCACGGACGAGCUGGUGCGGGUUCUGCGUCGGCGCCUGGAUGAGGCCACACUGGACGUCAUCACAGUCAUGCUGGUCCGCAACUGCAAGCUGACGCCAGCUGACGUGGAGUUCAUUCAGCCUCCCGGAAGUCUCCCCUCAGAGGUACUGCAUCUGGCGCUCCCUGCCUCCUGCAGGCCUUGGCUUCCUGCCCUGGCCUGGUACCUGCGGCAGAACCUGCUCAUCUUCCUCCACUCUCCCAAGUACACAGAUAGCAACAGCCGGAACCACUUCCAGCACCCACUCCCACCACAGGGUGGCCUCCCUGACAUGGACAUCUACCUGUAUAACAAGCCUGGUGGACAGGGCACUGGCGGCAAAGGGGUCGCCUGCAUCACACUAGCAUUUGUGGACGAAGAAGGGGCUCCCAUCUCACUGGCAUCUUGGCCCUCCUCUUCUCCACGGCCCCCAGACCCAUUGCAAGAGGAGGAAUUUGAGCAGCUGACCCAAGUUGUUCGCUGCCCAGUCAUGCUGAACAGUUCUGCAGCACAGGAUGGCGCCCCAAGGCUUCGCCUGGAUGUGUGGGAAAAAGGAAACAUUAGCAUCGUGCAGCUGGAGGAGAAGCUCCGCGCAGCCGCUCGUCAGGCCCUGGCAGAUACUGUCAUGGAGCUGCAGCUGCUGCCAGCCUCGCUGUGUGCCGAGGACACACCCCCAGGGAUCCAGACAGGAAGUGUCAGGAGCGGGUCAUCAGACACCAGAAACGCUGCUGGCCGCGCUAGCACCUUUCCACCCACCCCUGGCCAUGGGGAGCCUGUGACUCCACCCAGCAAAACCGGCCGACGCAGUUUCUGGGAUAUGCUGAGUAAGACCGAAGGUGGGGAUUUGGGUUCCCCCAAAACAACCGAUGACAUUAUCCUGGAUCGGCCAGAAGACACUCGGGGUCGGAGGCGUCAUAAGACCGAGAAUGUUCGGACUCCUGGUGGGGCAGAGCGGGCACCAGGAUCAGAUUCUGGAGCCCAGAGGCAGAGACGCCGCACAGCACAGUUGGAAGAGGGUGAGGUGGGGACCCUGCACCCAGUGUUUGCUCAUGUCGCUCAGCGCUGGAUGGAGUUUAUGGUUCAGCUCGGUUGUGCCUCAGUGUCCAGAAGCUCCACCCACAUGGUGUCCCGCUUUCUCCUUCCAUCCAUCCUGUCUGAAUUCACUUCCCUAGUGACCUCGAUGGCUGGAGACACCAGCGUCCGUGUCUUUGAGCGGCAGUUGGGCUCUGAGCCAGAGCUCUUCACUCCUCACCUCCCUGGGCAGCUGAGCCAGGCCCCCCGCCCAGCGGCUGAGCGGCACCUGCUGCUUCUGGGAAGGAACUUUGCACAGUGGAGGCGGCCAACCCAGCAGGCUGCCAAAGCCAUGCAGCGUUUUGAGCCAGGAGGUGACGGGAGCUCAGGGCGUAGUGCUCCCCGGCAGAGGCUCUUGUUGCUGGAGGUCGUGGACAAGAAGGUGCAGCUGCUGACCUACAACUGGGCGCCAGACCUGGGGGCGGCCCUGGGCCGAGCACUGGUUCGCCUCGUGCAGUGGCAGAAUGCGCGGGCCCAUCUCAUCUUCUGCCUGCUCAGCCAGAAGCUUGGACUCUUCCAUCAUUAUGGCCAGCUGGACUUCCCGGUGCGGGAUGAGAAGGAGCCGAACCCAUUCCUGCUGCCAGCCAUGGAGGUGGAGGCCCUUAUCCGCAGUGCAAGCCCCCCUCUGAGCCGGGGUCAGGGCCGACUGGGCGGGUCCUCCCGUGGUGGGGGUCCCCUGCCCCUGGACACAUUCCCCUUUGAUGAAGCCCUGAGGGAUAUCACAGCUGCCCGCCCCAGCUCCACGCUCGGUGCUGUGCCCAGACCCCCCGAUCCCAUCGCCUACCACGGGCAGCAGUUCCUGGAGAUCAAGAUGACAGAGCGCAGAGAGCUGGAGCGCCAGAUGAAGAUGGAGAACCUGUUUGUAACGUGGCAGCAGCGCUCAGCGCCCGCCAGCAUGCCCAUCAGUGCCGGGGAGCUGGAGACCCUGAAGCAGUCGUCUCGCCUGGUGCAUUACUGUGCAACGGCCCUGCUCUUCGACCCAGCUGCCUGGCAGCAUGGGCCUCCGGAGACCACAGCGCCCCUUGAGGGGCAGCGGCGCCAUCGCCCGGAGUCGGGCUCCGGGAGCCGGGAGGCCUCCGGCAGCUGCGAGUGCUUGGAUGUGCCACCACCGGGGGCCCGGGAGGAGCCCUGGCUGAAGGAGCUAAGCCUGGCCUUCCUGCAGCAGUACGUGCAGUACCUACAGAGCACGGGCUUCGCACUGGUGCCGCUGAGGCCCCCCUCACCGGCUCGCAGCACCAGCCGACUGCGGGCCAUGGCUGUCCUUGGAACGGAGGGCCGAGGUUCCUUCUCCUGCCCUAAAUCCAAGACUGAGGGGAGCCCCAAGAAUGCUGGCUCUUCUGUCACCACCUGCCACCUGCAGCGGGCACUGCCCGGGGGCAUCAUCCUCAUGGAGCUGACUUUCCAGGGCUGUUACUUCUGUGUCAAACAGUUUGCCCUGGAAUGUUCCCGAAUCCCAAUGGGGCAGGCUGUGAACUCUCAGCUCUCCAUGCUGUUCACAGAGGAGUGUGACAAGGUGAGGGAUCUGAUGCACGUGCACUCGUUCAGCUAUGACUUCCACCUGCGCCUGGUGCACCAGCAUGUGCUGGGCGCCCAUCUGGUGCUGCGACACGGCUACCACCUGACCACCUUCCUGCGGCACUUCCUGGCCCACCACCCAGAUGGACCCCACUUUGGCCGCAAUCACAUUUACCAAGGGACUUUGGAGCUGCCCACACCCUUGAUCGCGGCCCACCAGCUGUACAACUAUGUGGCUGACCAUGCCAGCUCCUACCACAUGAAGCCCCUGCGCAUGGCCCGACCGGGGGGCCCAGAGCAUAACGAAUAUGCCCUGGUGUCGGCCUGGCACAGCUCUGGCUCCUACCUGGACUCCGAGGGUCUUCGCCACCAGGACGACUUUGACGUCUCUCUGCUUGUCUGUCACUGUGCUGCACCCUUCGAGGAGCAAGGAGAAGCCGAGCGGCAUGUCCUGCGGCUGCAGUUCUUUGUGGUGCUCACCAGCCAACGAGAGCUCUUCCCAAGACUGACGGCAGACUUGCGCCGGUUCCGGAAGCCUCCCAGGCUGCCCCCUGAGCCUGAGGUCCCUGGGAGCUCAGCCGGUAGCCCCGGGGAAGCCUCAGGGAUUGCUCCAGCCCCUGGACCAGCUCCUCUGUUCCCACCACUGGCUGCAGAGGUAGGCAUGGCACGGGCACGGCUGUCACAGCUUGUCCGGCUGGCUGGAGGCCACUGCCGUCGGGACACUCUCUGGAAGCGCCUCUUCUUGCUCGAGCCCCCGGGGCCUGAUCGGCUCCGCCUAGGAGGCCGCCUUGCCCUGGCAGAGCUGGAGGAGCUCCUGGAAGCAGUGCAUGCCAAGUCCAUUGGGGACAUUGACCCCCAGCUGGACUGCUUCCUGUCCAUGACAGUCUCCUGGUACCAGAGCCUGAUCAAGGUCCUCCUCAGCCGCUUCCCACAGAGCUGUCGCCACUUCCAGAGCCCCGACUUGGGAACCCAGUACCUGGUUGUGCUGAACCAGAAGUUCACUGACUGUUUUGUGCUAGUGUUUCUGGACUCACACCUGGGAAAGACGUCUCUGACAGUGGUCUUCAGAGAGCCCUUCCCAGUGCAGUCCCAGGAUAGCGAGAGCCCCCCGGCCCAGCUGGUCUCCACCUACCACCACCUGGAGUCUGUCAUCAACACGGCUUGCUUCACCCUCUGGACCCGGCUCCUCUGAGAUGGCAAACCCGCGAGGGGCAGCGCCAGCAGCUCCAUCUGGGCAAUGGCUCCCCUACCCCAGGCAGCACUGACCCCUGUGGCAAGCCCAGAAGCACACACACUGACACUAGAGGCUUUGGGAAGAAAUCUGGAUCAGCCUGCCCCAACAGCCCAGGAGUCCUCAGGAUCAGGCUGACUGCCCGAUGUGCCCGCAG